UGUUUUUACCUACUAACUGGAAUUUCCUUAUCUAUGUUCUAAAGCACGCGUGUGACCUUAGUCUGUCAGGCAGCCUGGUAGGUUCUAGGAGAGUAGGGAAAUGUAGUUCUGGGCGUGCCACUGUGCAUUUCUAUAUAAGAUGCACGAACUACACUUUAAACCCGUGAAGCUUUCGACCAAUGAAAAUCCAGCAUCUUCGAAUGUUGAAUAUGAUUAGCCAAUGAGAGGCGCGAAUGCAUUUGCCUUCAUCGUUGCGUCGAAGUCCACUUACUUUCCUGGGAGCUCGGUCCCUAUCACACUACAACGUAAGGCUCCGAGGAGAAUUUGGAGGCUGGAGGUCUGCUUCAGACCCCCGCAACGCUUCUUCGUGGACACCGACAGAGUCUGUCACUCAGUCGGCCAUUGACCAUUUUGGUGCCCAGCCAGCGAAGCGGGAGCCAUGCCUGUCCCCGCUGGAUACAUUAGCGGCUCCCAUUGCGCGGCCUUCGCGUCCUCGGCCUCACUUAUUCCGCCGCCCCCGAUCAACACCCAGCAACCCGGUGUUGUCACCUCGCUGCUGUAUAGCGGCUCCAAGUUCAGAGGGCACCAAAAGAGCAAAGGGAACUCUUACGACGUGGAAGUUGUUUUGCAGCAUGUCACCAUGGAGGACUCUUACUUGUGUGGUUACCUGAAAAUAAAAGGACUGACUGAGGAAUACCCGACUUUAACCACGUUCUUCGCUGGCGAGAUCAUCAGUAGAAAACGGCCGUUUCUCACCAGGAAGUGGGAUGCAGACGAGGACGUGGAUCGUAAACACUGGGGCAAGUUCCAAGCCUUCUACCAGUAUGCAAAGACUUUCAACACGGAUGAGUUUGACUAUGAGGAUCUUAAAAAUUCUGAUUAUAUCUUCAUGAGGUGGAAGGAACAGUUCCUGGUCCCAGACCACACAAUCAAAGACAUCAGCGGUGCUUCUUUUGCUGGAUUUUACUACAUUUGUUUCCAGAAAUCCACAGCAACAAUUGAGGGCUACUACUACCACAGAAGCUCAGAAUGGUACCAAUCCCUCAAUCUCACUCACGUCACAGAGCACAGCGCUGCCAUUUAUGAGUUCCGGUGACCCUGGCUGGCAUCGUGGAUCUUGUGUUGGACAGACUUGAGGCAAAGCAGAGGUCUGCAGAUGCUACUGAGACCAGAAAAAGACAAUUUGGCAUUUUGGAAGUGUGACGCGUACACAACAGGCUCAACUUUGCGAUCAAGAUCGGGAUGCGAGAGGACACUUGAAUGUACGUCGAUUGGAUGAGGCAAAAGAAAAGAGGAAAUGCGUUUCUGUUUCCUUGCUGAGGCGUGCGUGGAAAGUCAGAAGCAGCAUCAGAUCCCCGGUGUGGUUUUUACCUGUCAUUUGUGUAUUUUCAAGAAGACACUUUUAGGCUAAGUUGGGAAGCCACUUUUGUCCGGGGUCGGACAAGGACUCCUUCAGGGGGUCCGCUUGUAUCAACAAGAACCAAGAAAGAACUCUUCAGGUUUUAGGAAUGGAGCUUUAAUCAGCCCGUAAGCUGUUCAUGGCAGUAUAAACAGUAUUUUGUUGGUUCUGGAUGUUAGCCUGCCAAGAGGAUAUUUUUGUGAUUCCACUCUAAAAGAUGGGACACUGAGCAGCACUUUUAAGGCUUCCAAGUUGGUGACACACAAAACAAGCUCCCUCCUCGUGUCCAUCAAAUAUGCUUUUGAAUCACAUGUGGUGUUGUUCCAUUGUUACUUUUGCACAAGGAUGGACUUCACCUUACUAACACUCAUACGUCCCGGCUACACUCGCUUAAAGCUAAAUGGAGAGAAAGCUUUUUAACUACUCUGAAAUGUUUGUCUGGGGAGUGUUGAGAGAAAUCAAUCAUGAAAGUAUUAUAACAGAGUAUUUUUUA